GUUGCUGCUGUCAUCAACACUGAGCCGGGCGGUUCAAUCACUCCGCUGACGCGCCAGCAAAGUGAAUGUCGAUGGAGAGGUUAAGACCGAGCAGAGAUCUUGUCGUGCGGGACUGUUUUAUGCCGAACUGUUAAUGGGAAUGCAUCAGCUGUCUGCUGAAACUGUCUCUGAAUUGUCUUGGCCCUUGGCUGCAGGGCAAGAGCAGCUACCAUGACGUAUCCCAACACCAGCAUACUGACAGCCAAUUUCAGUGGAGCCUUGGACGGCCAUGACUCCGGGGGAAACAUCUACCGGCCUUUUUCUGUUUUCAGCGUGCUCACUCUUACAUUACUGGCAAUGUUGGUGGUGGCCACCUUUGUGUGGAACUUGCUGGUGCUCGUAACCAUCCUGAGGGUGAGGACAUUCCACCGGGUGCCCCACAACCUUGUGGCUUCCAUGGCCAUCUCCGACGUGAUGGUGGCCGCCCUGGUCAUGCCGCUGAGCCUCGUCCACGAGCUGAACGGCAGGCUGUGGAAACUGGGCCGCGUUCUGUGUCAGGUGUGGAUCUCCUUCGACGUGCUCUGCUGCACGGCCAGCAUCUGGAACGUGACAGCCAUCGCGCUGGACCGCUACUGGUCCAUCACCAGGCACCUAGAGUACACGCUCAAGACGCGCAAGAAGAUUUCCAAUGUGAUGAUCGCACUCACGUGGCUGCUGUCCUCCAUCAUUUCCCUGUCGCCUCUAUUUGGCUGGGGGGAGACCUACACAGAGGGGAUGAAGUGCCAAGUGAGCCAGGAGCCGUCCUACACGAUCUUCUCCACCUUCGGAGCGUUUUACCUGCCGCUUUGUGUGGUGCUGUUUGUUUAUUGGAAGAUCUACAAGGCUGCCAAGUUUCGGAUUGGCUCCCGCAAGACCAACACAAUAACACCCAUGGCUGAGGUAAAGGACGAAACACAUCAGCCGCAGAUGGUGUUUACCGUGCGCCACGCCACCGUGACCUUCCAGACAGACGGCGACACAUGGCGCGAGCAGAAGGAGAAAAAGGCGGCACUUAUGGUAGGCAUUUUGAUCGGCGUGUUUGUACUUUGCUGGAUCCCCUUCUUCAUCACCGAGCUCAUCGUCCCACUGUGCUCCUGUGACAUCCCGCCCAUCUGGAAGAGCAUCUUCCUGUGGCUGGGCUACUCCAACUCCUUCUUCAACCCGCUCAUAUACACUGCCUUUAAUAAGAACUACAACAAUGCCCUGAGGAACCUCUUCUCCCGUCAGCGCUGAGCCACUCGGCACGCUCGACAGACAACCUACACCAGCAUGCACUCCACAGUGUUACCCCGCCAGACAGAGAAGGACUGACCUGUCUGUAUCUUUCACUCAGUCAUCCUUCAGACGGAUGAUAACCAGAGACUAUGUCUGAAAAACUGUCUUUAUAAAUGUGUUGUUUUUAUUUAUGUUUUGUUUUGUUGAUUACCAUGCUGAGGUAACCUCACAGCUGGACUGAGACGGGUGUCUGAGCUACUGUAUCUACAAAGAGAGGAAUAAAUUGGCUGUGUUGUGGCAGUUGUGGAUACAGUGAUGUCUACAUGUUAGUUUCCCUCUGCUGUUUCAGGCCUAUUAGGGAGGAAGCCAUGUUAACUCCCUCGUAAACAGUUUCAUCAUCUCAUGUGAAGCUGCUGGGAAAAAAAUCAAAGUAAAGCUGGAAGGAAUGUUCACGAAAAAUCUUUUAGAACUGAACAAAAAACCCUCGUAAAUUAUUA